AUGCGCUCGUCGACGCGCCAGACGCGCUUUUCGCGCAAUUCCCUGAAAGAGAAGCAGCAGAACCGGAAAAAACAGCUCGAACACUGCCUAAAGUCCAGGGAACGCGUGUGCUUCAACAACAAUCUCGACCCCAUCGACCUGAAACGGCUGGAUAGGGGUGCAGAUUCCUACGUACGACUGUCCGUUGGUGGGAAGUCUUAUUGCGUCAGAACCGAGCUCUAUACUCCAGAAGAGACGCGGAUGCACCGAUUUGUCGCGAGUGGGCAUGAGGAGCGGCUACAGCUCUGCGAUGGCUAUGACCCCGCCACCGGCGAGUACUAUUUCGAGCGCUACUCCAAGCUGGCCGACCAUUUGAUGGAUUAUUUUGCGACAGGGUCCCUCCAUCGGCCGAGCAACGUCUGCAUCGAGCGCUUCAAGGAGGAGCUGCUGUUCUGGGAGAUUGGCCCGCUUCCGCCGCCUGCCGCUUCCGCUUCGCCUGCCGUCGCUUGCCGGCCUGCCCUGCCAAGCCUGCUUCGCCUAGCCGCCUGGCUGCUUCCGCCGCGCUUGGCCGCCUGCCGCCCGCUUCGCCUGCCGCCUGCUGCCUGCCGCCUGCUUCCGCCCCGCGGCGCUUCCGGCUGCUUCGCCUGGCGCUUCGCUUGCCGCCUCCGCUUCGCCUGCCGCCUGCCGCGCUCCGGCUCGCCUGCCGCCUGCUGCGCUUCCGGCUCGGGCUCCGAGCUUCGCCUGCUCGCUCCGGCAAGCCUGCCGCUUCCGCCGCCUGCCGCCUGCCUGCCCGCCGCCUGCUGCUUCCCGCCGCUUCCGGCUUCGCCUGGGCUUCGCCUGCCGCUUCCGUUGCCCGCUAAGCCUCCGCUGCAACGCCUGCUUCCUGCCGCCUGCCAAGCCUGCCGUCGCCGCCGCCUGGCUGUCGGCCGCUUCCGGGGCCAAGCCUGUGCUUGCCUGCCGCCUCCGCCGUUUGCCGCUUCCGCUCGCUUCCGCUGCCUGGGAAGCCCUGCCGCUUCCCGCUCGCCUGGGCUAAGCCUGACGCUCCAGGAUCUAAGCCCGCUUCGCCCGGGCCGCUUCCCGCCGCUUCUCCGCUCGCCCGCUUCGGGCCUGCCGCUCCGCUCGCUUCCAGCUUUCAAGCCUGCCAAGCCUGGGCCGCCCGCUGCUUACGCCCGCCUGGGCUGCCUACGCCAAGCC